UUUGCCUCAGCUACCAGCAGCAGACGGAGUCCCUCUAAAUCUGUACCUACCUACCUACCGGCUGGGGAACUGCCUGCAUCCGAUAAGAGAUCUAGUCCACGAAAUCAAGUGUGGAGGGAGGGGUUGUAGAGUAAAGAAGUCGAAUUGGAGAGAGAGAGAGUGAGAGAGGGAGAAGAGAGAGACACCGAGGGAGGGGAAAAGGUCAGGGACACGGGGGGGGUUAUCUCACUGCCAGAAAUAAGGAGAGUGUCUACACAAACGGUUUGGCAGACGAAACCAAGGAGACGAAGUGAAAUAAACCAGCAACCCCCGCUCCACCACUAACAUUUUUUCUUAAGGACCACUGUGGAUUUUUAAACACUAUCGACUUCUUCCAGAGACACUCUUCUUUUGCUUUGGUGAAGUUCAGGCAACACAGACUGAAUUUUGGACCGUGCGUAAUUUGGAGAGUUUAUUGCCACGCUGCGUCAGGAUGCGCGUCUGUCCGCUACUGGUCUUCCUCUGUGUGCUGUGCGCCGGGCGCGCUCAAAAGUUCUCCGCUCUCACGUUCCUGCGGGUGGACCAGGAUAAGGAGUGCAACAUGGAAUGCGCCGGAGCUCCUCGCAAACCCCUGUGCGCCUCCGACGGCAGGACCUUCACAUCUCGCUGCGAGUUCCUCCGAGCCAAGUGCCGCGACCCCCAGCUGGAGGUCAUCCGAGGGCCAUGCAAAGAUACAUCCAGAUGUGUAGCAGAGAAGAAGUAUACAGAGCAGCAGGCCAAGAAGGUCUUCCCACAGGUCUUUGUGCCUGUGUGCAACCCUGACGGCACAUAUAGCGAGGUUCAGUGCCACAGCUACACUGGAUACUGCUGGUGUGUCACACCCAAUGGCCGACCCAUCAGUGGCUCAGCAGUGGCCAAUAAAAAACCUCGAUGCCAAGGAUCAAAACAAGAAAGAGCUACCACAAGAGAGCCAGGUAAAGCAGUCUCCUUGCAAAUAUUCUCCAUUCUAAAUGCAGAUGAGACUGGCCUAGUGGUGGAUCCGCAGCCUACUGCAGACGAAGAAGACAUCAUUUCCCAGUACCCCACUCUGUGGACGGAGCAGGUUCGCAGCCGACAGAACAAUAGAACCCGAGCACCAUCCUCAUCAUGUGACCAGGAGCAGCAGUCUGCCCAGGAAGAGGCGAGGCAGCACAAGAACGAUGCUGUGUUCGUGCCAGACUGUGCCCAAGGAGGACUGUACAAGCCAGUCCAGUGCCACCCCUCUACCGGCUACUGCUGGUGUGUGCUGGUGGACACUGGACGGCCCAUACCUGGAACCUCCACCAGGUAUGAACAGCCAAAGUGUGACGGGAACGCCAGGGCCCAUCCAUCUAAACCUAAGGACCAUUUUAGAAGCAGACAUCUCCAAGGCUGUCCUGGGGCAAAGAAAACAGAGUUCCUGACGAGUGUUCUUGAUGCGCUGUCGACAGACAUGGUGCACGCCGUCACAGACCCAGCGUCCGCCGGAAGGAUGCCCGAACCUGACCCCAACCACACCCUAGAGGAGAGGGUGGUCCAUUGGUAUUUCAGUCAACUGGACAAGAACUCCAGUGGGGACAUCGGAAAGAAGGAGAUCAAGCCUUUCAAACGUUUCCUGCGCAAGAAAUCCAAGCCGAAGAAGUGCGUGAAGAAGUUUGUGGAGUACUGCGACAUCAGCAACGACAAGGCUCUUUCUCUGCAGGAGCUGAUGGGCUGCCUCGGCGUGACCAAAGAAGAGGGGGCCAAACCAGGAGACGGCUUAUCCUCCAGUAAACUAGUAAGUAAACUACUCCUCCCACACUGAUGGAUAAAAUGGCUGCAAGAGAACUUGGUGGCACAUCUGCAGACUGAACCGAAAUAUUGUUUUAGCUGUUAGUGUUGACUUAGUCAGGAAAAUGCAGUCAUUUAAAAAAAAAAAUAAAAUAAAAUAAAAAAAU